CUCGCGCGCUGCACUUCCUGUUUAGGUGCCGCAGCUGUAAAAAUGGCAGAUACAGGGAGAUACAAAGGAGCAGUUAACAAAAACAAAGAUCCCUCGGGUCUUCUCAUCUCUGUCAUAAGAACCUUGUCCAGCAGCGAUGACGUGCAGGACAGAGAGACAGAGAAGGGGCGUCUGGAGGAGGCUUUUGAGACGUGCGACCGGGAUUUGGAUCAGCUCAUCGUCCAACAUUAUGCAGAGCUCACCACAGCCAUCAGGACAUACCAGAGCAUCACAGAGCGCAUCACCAGCUCACGGAACAAAAUCAAACAGGUCAAGGAGAACCUUUUGUCCUGUAAGAUGCUGCUCCACUGCAAAAGGGAUGAACUGAGGAAGCUGUGGAUCGAGGGAAUCGAACACAAACACGUGCUGCAGCUGCUCGACGAGAUUGAGAGCAUUAAACAAGUGCCUCAGAAACUGGAAGCGUACAUGGCCAGCAAACACUACCUGCACGCUACGGAUAUGCUGGUGUCCGCCGUGGACUCGUUGGACGGGGAUUUGGUGCAGGUGGAGGGCCUCUCAGAUCUGCGGCUGGAGCUUCACAGUAAAAAGCUCAACAUUCACCUGGUGCUGAUCGACGAGCUGCAUCGACACCUGUACAUCAAGUCCACCAGCCGCCUGGGACACAAGAACAGGGACAAGAACGCCGCAAGACCGCCCGGCUCUCUGACGAAAGACUCUUCCCCGAUGCCGCCUCUGGACGUGAGCAGCCUCUCCACUCCUCGCAAACUUCUGGACACCUCACAGUUCAGCACGCCCGGAUCCGGCAGUGUUCAACAGGAUGGCCGUGAGAUGAACCAGGGAGAUCCGCCUGAGGUCGACCCCGAGGAGAACAGUGCUGAGUUUAUGGGCAUCCUGAUCAAGGCUCUGGCCAAACUGAAGAAAAUCCCAGAGACCAUCAAAGCCAUAAUGGAGCGACUGGAGCCAGAGCUGAAGCAGAUCGUCAAGAGGUCGACCACUCAGAUCGCCGACCACGCCUACCAGAAAGGAGAGAGCGUCGCACAGGAGAGUCAGCCCAGGCAGCUGCUGGAACUGCUGGAGCUGCUGUUUGACAAGUUCAAGGCAGUGGCCCAGGCUCAUAACGUGGUCCUGUCCCACCUGCAGCACAUCGCGGUGCAGUGUCCCCGAGGGGCUCAGGAGGAGGGCAUCAAACUGUACGAUCAGGCCGACGUCUCUGCCAAAAUACAGACGGUUCUGCAGGUGUUGCUGAUGGAGUACCUGGAUGUGAAGAACAGUCGCAGCAGCUCGGAGCCUUCAGCGCAGCUCUCCUACGCCAGCACCGGCAGCGAGUUCGCAGCGUUCUUCGCUAAAAAGAAGCCACAACGGGCCAAGCAGUCGCUGUUCAAGUUCGAGUCCUCUUCCCACGCCAUCAGUAUGAGCGCCUACCUGAGAGAGCAGAGACGCGAGCUGUACAGCAAGAGCGGGGAGUUACAAGGUGGCGCCGACGACAACUUGAUUGAAGGCGGAGAGAUGAAGUUCGUCUGUAAACCUGGGGCGCGUAACAUAACUGUGAUCUUCCAGCCUCUUCUCAGAUUUAUCCAGGAGAUCGAAAUGAACAUGGGGCCAAGCCAAGCCAAGCAGUGCCAGCUCCGAGCGUUUCUCACUUACUACAUCAACGACCUCUUCCUCAACCAAGUGCGAACAGAAAUCAACAAAGAGAUCGAGGCCGUGAGUAAAGCCGCCGACCCUCUGAAGAUCCUCGCCAACGCAGACACGAUGAAGGUCUUGGGCGUCCAGAGACCACUGCUACAGAGCACCGUGGUGGUGGAGAAGUCCAUCCAGGAUCUGAUGAGCCUCAUGCAGGACCUGAGCGCCUACUCCAACCAGUUCUUAGAGAUGGUGUGUGACAAGCUCAAAGAGUACAAGGAGAUCUGCAACACGGCGUACAGAGGGAUUGUCCAGUGCGAGGAGAAGCUCACCAUCAGCGCCUCGUGGUCCAAAGACGAGGACAUCAGUCGCCUGCUCCAGUCUCUGCCCAACUGGGCCAAUAUGACACAACCUCGACAGGCGCGGCAGAAGAGGGAGGACGAGGACGACUACACACGGACGGCGUUUGCUAAAGAGUCGGAGGUGCUGACCGGUAACCUCGGCGACAAACUGAUCCCUCAGAACGAGAUCCUGCGAGACGUGAGUGACCUGAAGGCUCUGGCCAACCUCCAGGAGAGCAUGGAGUGGCUGUCCACGCGGCUCCGGGUUUUCUUCAACACUCUGCCCCACAUGACAGGCGGUUCCUCCGUGGACAGUCACGUGACCGGGGAGAGCGCGCGCAGUCGGGAGCAGAUCCUACAGACUCUGAGCGACCUGACGAGGGGCUUCCAGGACAUCGCCGACCGCUGCCUCCUGGUACUGCAUCUGGAAGUCAGGGUGCACUGCUUCCAUUACCUCAUCCCUUUGACCAAACAGGGGAAUUAUGCGAUUGUGGCCAACGUGGAGAGCAUGGACUACGACCCCCUAGUGGUGAAACUCAACAAGGACAUCUCCGCCAUCGAGGAGGCCAUGGGGGCGGCGCUGCAGCAGCACAAGUUCCAGUACAUUUUUGAAGGCUUGGGCCAUCUGAUCUCGUGUAUCCUGAUAAAUGGGGCGCAGUACUUUAAACGCAUCAGUGAAUCGGGUAUUAAGAAAAUGUGCCGGAACAUCUUUGUCCUGCAGCAGAAUCUCACCAAUAUCACCAUGUCCCGAGAGGCGGACCUCGACUUCGCCAGGCAGUACUACGAGAUGCUGUACAACACCGCGGACGAGCUGCUGAACCUGGUGGUGGACCAAGGCGUCCGCUACACGGAGCUGGAGUACAUCAACGCUCUGUCCCUGCUCCACCGCAGCCAGACCGGAGUGGGCGACCUGAGCACCCAGAACACACGACUGCAGAGGCUGAAGGAGAUCAUCUGUGAGCAGGCUGCCAUCAAACAGGCCACCAAAGACAAGAAGAUCACCACAGUCUGAAAGGACAGGCCUACGGGCACCCAGCAGGCUUCAGCUUCAGCUUCAGUGAGAGGUUAUAGCAGGUUCAGACGUGGUGUUAUUACAGUUCGUCAUUGGGUAUGUUUACAUGCACGCCCAAAAUACGUAAACCGCAAAACACUGAUGUGAGUUUUCAGAGGGAGGGUCGCUCUAAUCAGAAAGAAAUUACAUGAUUUUGCUCUUUCCGUGUCAUUUUAAUAUAUAAUUAUGUGUAAUAAUCAGACGUAGCGUUUAUGUAACCACAGCUACGUCCAUCCGAUCUCAAUAAUCUGAUUUAUUUCUGAUUUUUCACCAAUGUUAAAGAUUGAAAGGAUUAUGUUAAAAUUGUUAGUACUUCGCUUUCCAACUACAUCCAUCCAACCAUCCAGCUAUUUUUUACGCAUAUCCGAGGAUAAAUUGCGGGGGCAGCAGUCUAAACAGGGAUUCCCAGACUUCCCUCACCCCAGACACUUCCUCCAGCUCCUCCGUUAAGACUCCAAGGCGUUCCCAGGCCGGCCAAGAGACAUAGUCCCUCAGACGUGUCCUAGAUCUUUCCCGGGGCCUCCUCCCUGUAGGAAAUGCCCGAGUCACUUCACCUGCGCCUCUCGAUGUGGAGGAGCAGCAGCUCUACUCCAAGCUACUCACCCAAACUACAAUAGUUUUUGGUUAACUGAUGUGUUUUUGAUGAUUUGAUCUGUUUUGUGCGUGUAAACACACACCAACUGUCAGAUUCUCGUGUUAUCUGAUGUUUCCUGGACGUUUAAAUGCACACACUGUUUCCUCUUUGUUUUGUAUAGUUACUGAUGUCUUUGGGUUGUUUUUAAUGAAGCUUGGACGGUAAAAGUGCGUAUUUAACUCUCACAAACUCUUUGGCACAUGGCUGAUAUUCAUAAACAUACAUUGUCAGGCGCAAUUUUAGACGCUUUUCCACAAAUUAAGCAAAUUACACAGGUUUUGUUUGGUUUAAAUGCUUUUUAAUGCGAUGCAGCGAGCAGUGGUCAUAAUGUUUUGGUUGAUGUAAACUAUAGUAAGUAUAAGCAUGUGCCUCUAUAAGGGACCACUGAACCACACUCUAAAUAAAACCAAUAGACAAACGCUUAUAGAUGUGUUUUUUGGUUGUUUUUUGUGCUUUGUUUUGUUUUUUUACAUAUAUUCACUGAAAUAGCAUCUCGCUUCAGACUGUAUUAAAUUCAUGAAUGGAAAUGUCUUGUGCGUUUCCUCUGGUCUGAUAGUCAGUACAUAAACGCAGAAAACUGUCAAAUAUAUCUUGAUCCAACACAACUUUAACUUUCUCCGCUCAGAGCUAAUGUAACUUUUCACUUUGCGUCACUUCAUUUUGUAUUUUAAAGUAACACAACCUGAUAUUUACACUACUGAAACAGAAAUCUACAGCUAAAACGACACAGCUCGAGUUCAGAAUAUCACGUAUCUUCCUUUUGAGCACUUCUGUUUAGCUUUGAAUUAUUUACUUAAAAUUGCACUGCAUAACUUUGUCUGUAAUGUCCCACAGUACGGCAUUAAACUUAACUAUCCAU